GUUAGUAGUCCUUGGUCAACGAAUCCUCGGGUCUUGGUGGAAUUAAGAAUUUCAUUGGUUUUUAAAACUUGUGAUGUUGAUUUUAUUUGUUAGUGGUUUUCCUUUUCAUUUUUUGUGUACAUUGUCUUAUACAGACAGGUAUUUGAACGAGUAAAACUGACGACAAAUAUCACUUUGUUUAGGUACUAGGUAGGCAGGCGUCUUAAACAGGUACAUACUGUACUAACUUAUUCCCCGUAGCUACUGCGUCAAAUUGAUGAAACCAGCGGGGUACAUUUACCAAAUCACCAGGGUAACCAAUGAAAGCAUGUGGAUCUAAACAGCGGUUGUGUUUGUACCUGAUCGUGGGAAUCCUCGUGGUCCUUGUAAUAUUGGCGUACUUUCAAGAGGUGUAUCACGUCGCCUUUUGGAAAACCAAUACAGUCUGUGGUAGUAAACGUGAUGGUAAACCAUUCUAUUUCGGUACCACAGAUGUAGCCUGCAUGCGCAUGAUCAGAACACGCCGGAAAAGGUCGCUUAAUACAUCAGCCUCUCUUCCAAACCGGAAGUUCUGGUCGCUCACUCAUCGGUGGAUCUACUACGAUGGCUGGUAUUUCGAGCUGUUUUACGAACCCCAUACCCGGCGGGCAGCAAAGACCGAGAAAUGUCCAAGUCGCCGUGAAGCCAAACCCGCCGGAUACACCCGGCUUGACAUUGAAUGCGUGCGCAGAUGUGCUGAUUACUACAAUGAACGUUUCACGAAACAGUACAACGCUUUGACUCAUAAUUGUCAUCACUAUGCCAACAAACUUGCAGAAAUAAUGUGUCUGAAUUCAUCUUGUCCUGAUUGGUGUACGACUAUCUAUUUGUGGAGGUGAUGAUUGUAUGGUGUACGACUAUCUAUUU